CCAGCAUUUAGUGAAGGAAUUGCCCUUGUCAGAUUCGAAUGGAUACAAAAAAUUUCUACGAAUGGAUCCGGAAUCGUUUGGUGUCCUAGAAAGCUUGAUUACGCCAUUAAUAACAAAAAAAGAUACAAACAUGAGACGUUCUAUUCCAGCAGGUGAACGUUUGGCAGUAACCCUACGUUUCUUAGCAACAGGUGAAUCGUACAGCAGCUUACAAUUCUUGUACAGGAUAGCUAGACAAACUAUGGGGCGAAUAAUCCCAGAAACAUGUGAUGCUUUAUCAAAAGUCCUCAAGGAUUACAUUAAGGUUCCAACAAUUGAAGAGGAUUGGAGGAAAGUAGAACAAGCCUUUUCAGAGAGAUGGAACUUCCCUAACUGCGUGGGUGCUUUGAAUGGGAAGCACAUAUUAUUGAAGGCACCCAACAAUAGUGGUUCCUUUUAUUUUAACUAUAAAAACAACUUUAGUAUUGUACUUCUAGCAUUGGUUGAUGCUGACUACAAAUUUUUGUAUAUUGACAUUGGUAAAAAUGGUAGAGUAUCUGAUGGUGGAGUGUUCAGAGAAUCAUCACUAAGCAAUGCACUGGAAACAAACAGCCUAAACCUGCCAAGUCCGACAUCCUUGCCAGGUGAUGUAACUUAA